AUGUCUCCCUCCCAUCACGAUUUCUUUGCGACUGUUCUGAAUCCCGGACCAACACCAGUCAAGUGCACUUCCCCACGGUCCAAAAACGAAGAACCCGGUGCUAUCGAAGGCCUCGAGUCCUACGGGGCUUUUUUCCGAAGCAAAAUCACUCGAGACCUUAUCCGGGCUGAUCUCGAUAAUGAAAGCUUUCAAGACAUCUUGGCCAUCCUGCUAUUUCCUAUGGCUGAAAAAAAUGCAACCGUGCCAUGCCUUAUGGACCAGUGGGCAGCGCACAAGAUACGCGAUCCUUUUCUCGACAUGAGAGAAGAGAACUAUGAUCUCUUCGCCCAUAUACGGAAGUUUUAUUUUUGCAUGUUGAGAUAUAUCCAGGAUUAUAUGAUGAAGGCAACAUCGUAUUACCUUCCGCGAGCAUCCUGUGGGCUCCCGUGUCUUUCAGACUACGGAACAUUCUUCGAAAACGAAUAUCUUCAGAGCAAUUUCGAUGUGGGCUCUUUUGGUGUGGUAGGUCGAAGACGUCUCUUCUGGGCAUUCUUGAGAUACGACCUUAUGAGCAAAAUUCGUCUCUACAAGGCGACAGUGGACAGCAGUUACACACACCCGUGCCGGUUGAACCAACGAAAGGGUCGGCAGCUUCUCUCAUGGGAAGAUGAAGCCCUUCGAUGUGUUCAAGAAUAUGUUUCAGGUCUAUACGCAGCCCACUACGCCCAAUGGGACUGUAUCCGACUACCAGAUGAUCGUACAGCUGAUGACCCUUCACAUCUAUCAUCCCCAUCAGGACUCAGACUUGACUACCAUUCGUUCUCAAGGUUGGACUGGACAAAGUUCCAGGCUAAAAAGUGGUCUGUACCCGAAUUGCUAAUGUACAAGCUUGAAGAGUAUGGCUUCACUCUUUUGACAGAUCUUAUACUCGACGCAAAGAAAGCCGACGAGAAUCGACAGGGGUCAGAACUACUUUGGAAUUUUCUAUGCAGGCUCAAAGAUCUGGAAUACAGCAAGCCGGACGAUGUGCAUGGGAUAUGUGCGACUACGCUUUGGGAAGACACGGAAACCGGGAGAAACGUUCCUGAUCUUUGUGCCCGGAUGAUAUGGCAGCACGAUUGUAUCACUGUUGAAGCCUUGGAAGGUUACAGACAACGCGCCUGGGUCUUUUUUGACGAUGCACAAGUUCAUCCCCAGCACAGGUCUUUGGUUGACCUCCCUGAGAUACAGAUAAGCGCUCACCAGUCGGACUCCGAGUGUGGUAGCGAUGUCGAUGAGUUUGUCAGCAUACCGAGAUCGUUGUAUGAUGAUGCCGACUCCUGGUACAACAUGUAA